AGCCCCGCGGUUUCCACAGCAACGGCGACCGGGCCCUUCCAAAACCCGGCUGACAGCGCGCGUCUGGUUUGAAAGGGGAGAUAAUUGCCAGGUUGUCGCUUCGCAAACGGCCUGCUUUGAGGGCGCUAGCAGGGUGUUUGUCUCCAGCAACCAUUAAUCUGCAAAAGAGAGAGAGAGAGAAGAGUAGGAAGAGGAAAAUUGCCCUGGCUCGAGACUGGUUGAAUUUUGAUUCUGGAGGCACCCAAGGCAUCCUCUGUGCCAAAUAGCUUCUGCCGUCGGCAGUCUUCCAUUGACCUUCUUUUAUAAAUCAUUGUUGGUCUCUUUCCACUGAACCAAUGACCAGGGAUUCCACCAUAGCCUCAGUUCCAGUUUUCCAGUUUCAGAAAAUGGGAUCAUUCCGGAGACCUCGGCCACGUUUCAUGAGUUCUCCAGUGCUUAGUGAUUUGCCUCGGUUCUUGGCAGCCCGACAGUCUUUGCAGCUCAGCUCUAACUCUGCAUGGAACAGUGUUCAAACAGCAGUGAUCAAUGUGUUCAAAGGGGGAGGCCUGCAAAACAAUGAACUCUACACCCUCAAUGAAAAUGUCAGACGAUUGUUGAAGAGUGAACUUGGAUCCUUCAUCACAGACUACUUCCAGAACCAGCUUCUUGCGAAGGGUUUGCUGUUCAUAGAAGAGAAGGUUAAGCUGUCUGAAGGAGAAAAUCGCAUCCAUGUGUUGUCUGAAAUCUGGGAUCACUUCUUCACAGAGACUCUUCCCACACUCCAGGCUAUAUUUUAUCCUGUUCAGGGCCAAGAACUGACUAUUCGCCAGAUUGCUUUGCUCGGCUUCAGAGACUUGGUCUUAUUAAGAGUCAAGUUGAAUGAAAUUCUUCCUCAGAUCCAAACCAACCUCCCACCUUCUAUUGUCCAGAUGCUCCUGAUUUUACAGGGGGUUCAUGAACCUACAGGUCCCAGUAAGGCCUUCAUGCAAUUGGAAGAGCUUGUUAAACUGGUCGUCUCUCCAUACCUUGGGCUUUGUGAAGAACACUGUUUUCCUGGCAGUACGUGUGCCUUGGAGAAAAGGUAUUAUCGACCUCGUCCCAAACCCAAUGGGCUGAGCUUCUCUUCCCACACAGUGGCAACCCGACAGGUCAGCGAGACAGCUUUGACUCCCUUGACUGAGCAAGAGGGUGAGGCUUACCUGGAGAAGUGUGGGAGCAUCCGUCGCCACACGGUUGCCAAUGCUCACUCGGAUAUCCAACUGCUGGCCAUGGCAUCCAUGAUGCACUCAGGGAUGGUGGUGGAAGAGCCAGACAAUGGUGAUAAAUGCUGUCUCUUGCAGCCCAGUUUAAACCAUAGGCAGUGUUCCAGUGAGCCCAGUAUAGCAGAUGGACCAGACGGGCUUGGGACACCUACCAUGCAGGAACCAACAGAGCUCAACUUCACAUCUGUCUGCUGAAUUGCCACACAGAAGGACAGGAAGACUGGCAAGCACUAAGCAAACUAUUGUGGGAAGCAGGGAAAAAUCGAAACUGCAGGAAUGGACCUACAUGGCUUAUCCUGGAACUCAUACGUUUUGGAAGAGAGUAUAUUUCAGGUUCUAGCUUUACAAGACUAAUAUGUACAUUUUCCAGCAGUGGUACAAAUCUGCUCAGCUGAAGUUCUCCAUCAUCUUGUUCCUUUUUCUUUCUUGGUUCCUGAAGGCUCAGUCACCAUGCAAGAACCUUGUUGUGGUCUUUUAUUUAAAGAGGUAGUGAUGAUCAGUUCAGAUGAAACACUGUACAGCUCUGAACCACUGGUGUGAGAAUAGUGUUCUUCCAAAACUGGGCCUACUUGGUAUAGCAAUCACAUCAUGCUCCUCAUUCAGAAGCAAGUAUUGAGGGAAAUGCUGCGUAUGAGACUUCUGUAGCUCCGCUGUGGAUUGUUUUGAGAUGUUCGUUUUCCGACUUGCUUUUCUCAGGGAUCAUUGGUGCAUAGUCCAAAGAAUUAUCUAAGGAAUUUAGAUUUUAGGAAACACAGUUAGUAGAAAGGGCUUUUGUUUAGUCUCCAGUGUAAGAAAGUGUAUAUACUUGCAUAGCUGUAGUAUCAAAAGAAAAAAUAACACCCUUUUAAUGGAGAGCAGAAAAAACUAAACAAAACGGUGAAGUCCUUACAAACACAAGGACAGAUGAUACCUUUAAACUGAAUAAACAACCUAAACUAGUCUUCCUCAGGGUGUGUACCAAUAUAUUGUAGACAUCACAGAAGUAAAAGAAUAUAUGUGAGUCCCAAAAGUUUUUGGCAGGUGACUCUGCUUCUUAAAGUUGAGUUCAAAAAUAUAGGUUGCAAAUACUAUUGGGCUGUGGGUCCAGCUCUAGUAGCCUUUGCUGGAUUUUCCCUCGUAACUCCUCAAACAAAAGACUGCCAAAUAAUCUGCAUUUAGCUCCACUGUUGCCUUAUUUUGAAACUCAAAGUUCCCAUUGGGCUGGAGAAAGGGAAAUAGAGAAAUGUGGCAAUCGGAAUUUAAAGACCUGGAAAAAUACAGUGGUGCCUCGCAUAGCG